CCAGAGGGGCCCACCAUGGUGCUCCUGGGACGCCUGGCCGCCACUCUGUUGCCGCCCAGCCUCACACUGCUGGUGUUCCACCUCUCCAGCUUCCAGGAUGUCGCCAGUGAUCCCAGCAGUGAGCAGCAGCUGUGCGCCCUACAGGAACACCCCACCGUGGCCUUUGCAGACCUGAAGCCCUGGAUCUCUAACUUCACCUAUCCUGGAGUCCGAGAUUUCUCCCAACUUGCUCUGGAUGCUUCCAGGAACCAGCUCAUCGUGGGAGCCAGGAACUACCUCUUCAGACUCAGCCUUGCCAAUGUCUCCCUCCUUCAGGCCACUGAGUGGGCCUCCAAUGAGGACACGCGCCGCUCUUGCCAAAGCAAAGGGAAGACUGAGGAGGAGUGUCAGAACUACGUGCGAGUCCUGAUUGUCACUGGCCGGAAAGUGUUCAUGUGUGGGACCAAUGCCUUUUCCCCAGUGUGCACCAGCAGACAGGUGGGGAACCUCACCCGGACUAUGGAGAAGAUCAAUGGUGUGGCCCGAUGCCCCUACGACCCUCGCCACAACUCCACAGCUGUCAUCUCCUCCCAGGGAGAACUCUACGCAGCCACAGUCAUCGACUUCUCAGGUCGGGACCCUGCCAUCUACCGAAGCCUGGGCAGUAGGCCGCCACUUCGCACUGCCCAGUAUAACUCCAAGUGGCUCAAUGAGCCAAACUUUGUGGCAGCCUAUGAUAUUGGGCUGUUUGCAUACUUUUUCCUGCGAGAGAACGCUGUGGAGCAUGACUGUGGACGCACCGUGUACUCACGGGUGGCCCGCGUGUGCAAGAACGACGUGGGGGGCCGCUUCCUGCUGGAGGACACAUGGACCACGUUCAUGAAGGCCCGGCUCAACUGCUCCCGCCCGGGCGAGGUCCCCUUCUACUACAACGAGCUGCAGAGUGCCUUUCACCUGCCCGAGCAAGACCUCAUCUACGGGGUCUUCACCACCAACGUAAACAGCAUCGCCGCUUCUGCUGUCUGCGCCUUCAACCUCAGUGCCAUCUCCCAGGCUUUCAAUGGCCCGUUUCGCUACCAGGAGAACCCCAGGGCUGCCUGGCUCCCCAUCACCAACCCCAUCCCCGAUUUCCAGUGCGGCACCCUGUCUGAGGCGGGCCCCAACGGGAACCUGACGGAGCGCAGCCUGCAGGACGCACAGCGCCUGUUCCUGAUGAGCGAGGCUGUGCAGCCCGUGACUCCCGAGCCCUGUGUCACCCAGGACAGUGUGCGUUUCUCACACCUCGUGGUGGACCUUGUGCAGGCCCAGGACACGCUCUACCAUGUGCUCUACAUCGGCACGGAGUCAGGUACCAUCCUGAAGGCGCUGUCCACGACGAGCCGCAGCCUCCGAGGCUGCUACCUGGAGGAGCUGCACGUGUUGCCCCCCGGGCGUCGUGAGCCGCUGCUCAGCAUGCGCAUCCUGCACAGCGCCCGCGCGCUCUUCGUGGGGCUGAGCGACAGCGUGCUGCGCAUCCCGCUGGAGAGGUGCGCCUCCUACCGCAACCAGGGGGCAUGCCUGGGGGCACGGGACCCGUACUGCGGCUGGGACGAGAAGCAGCAGCGUUGCAGCACACUCGAAGACAGCUCCAACAUGAGCCUCUGGACCCAGAAUAUCACAGCGUGUCCUGUGCGGAAUAUGACUCGGGACGGGGGCUUCGGCCCAUGGUCAAUGUGGCAACCAUGUGAGCACUUAGAUGGAGACAACUCAGGCUCUUGCUUAUGUCAGGCCCGAGCCUGUGACACCCCCCAACCUCGCUGCGGGGGCCGAGACUGUGUGGGGCCAGCCAUCCACAUCGCCAACUGCUCUAGGAAUGGGGCGUGGACCGCGUGGUCGCCGUGGGCCCUGUGCAGCACAACCUGCGGGAUAGGAUUCCAGGUCCGCCAGCGAAGCUGCAGCAACCCUGCUCCCCGCCACGGGGGCCGCAUCUGCGUGGGCAAGAGCCGGGAGGAGCGGUUCUGUAACGAAAACACACCUUGCCCGGUACCCAUCUUCUGGGCAUCUUGGGGCUCCUGGAGCAAGUGCAGCAGCAACUGUGGGGGCGGCGUGCAAUCGCGGCGUCGGGCCUGUGAGAACGGCAACUCCUGCCCAGGCUGCGGCGUGGAAUUCAAGACGUGCAACCCCGAGGGCUGCCCCGAAGUACGGCGCAACACGCCGUGGACGCCGUGGCUGCCGGUGAACGUGACUCGGGGCGGGGCGCGGCAGGAGCAGCGAUUCCGCUUCACGUGCCGCGCGCCCCUGCCCGACCCUCACGGCCUGCAGUUUGGCAGGAGAAGGACGGAGACCCGAACCUGCCCAGCGGACAGCUCGGGAACCUGUGACACAGACGCCUUGGUGGAGGAUCUCCUGCGCGGCGGGGGCACCGCCCAGCACGUGGUGAGCGGGGGCUGGGCCUCGUGGGGCCCUUGGUCGUCCUGCUCCCGGGACUGCGAGCUGGGCUUCCACGUCCGCAAGAGGACGUGCACGAACCCCGAACCCCGCAACGGGGGCCUGCCCUGUGUGGGCGAUGCCACCGAGUAUCAGGACUGCAACCCCCAGGCUUGUCCAGUCCGAGGCGCCUGGUCCUGCUGGACCUCCUGGUCCCCAUGCUCAGCCUCCUGCGGCGGUGGCCACUAUCAACGCACACGUUCCUGCACCAGCCCCGCGCCUUCCCCAGGCGAGGACAUCUGUCUGGGGCUGCACACAGAGGAGGCUCUGUGUGCCACAGAGGCCUGCCCAGAAGGCUGGUCACUGUGGUCCGAGUGGAGUGCAUGCACUGAGGACGGAGUCCAAACCCGCAGCCGGCACUGUGAGGAUCUGGUCCCAGGGCCCAGCACCUGUGCCGGGAACAGCAGCCAGAGCCGCCCCUGCCCUUACAAUGAGAUUCCUGUGAUCCUGCCCGCCUCCAGUGUGGAGGAGGCCACCGGCUGUGGAGGGUUCAGUCUUAUCCACCUGGUGGCCACGGGCAUCUCCUGCUUCCUGGGCUCUGGGCUGCUGACCUUGGCAGUGUACUUGUCCUGCCAACACUGCCAGCGCCAGUCCCAGGAGUCCACGCUCGUCCAUCCUGCCACCCCCAACCACCUGCACUACAAGGGUGGGGGCACCCCGAAGAAUGAGAAGUACACACCCAUGGAGUUCAAGACCCUGAACAAGAAUAACCUGAUCCCCGAUGACAAAGUCAGCUUCUACCCGUUGCAGCAGACCAAUGUGUACACAACCACCUACUACCCCAGCCCACUGAACAAACACAGCCUCCGGCCCGAGGCCUCACCUGGACAACGGUGCUUUCCCAACAGCUGA